AUGCUAUAUGCGCGUCGCUCAUGCACUUCGUGGCGCUGGUUGAGUCAUGCUCGCGCCCGCGCGUAUUCCACGGCCACGUCAGAGCCGUUCAAAGUCCUUUUCUUUGGACGUGACGAAUUCUCGUGUGUUGUUAUGCAGCAAUUGCUUCAAGCCAAGGUGAAUGUAUGGCAGGACAUUCAGGUUGUCACGCAGCCUGACAUGAAGAUCGGCCGUCGAGUUCAUUGCUUAGCACCUCUCAAACUACUCGCGCAAGAAGCGGGGCUACAGGUCCACACGAUCCCUCAAGAACGAAAGGCGUUCAGAUCGUGGGAGGCUCCUUCGCCGUUCGUUGACUACGUCUACUCGGACCCGGGAAGACCGCCACCAUCAAACCACCUCUUUGUGACGGCGUCGUUCGGACGCAUUCUCUCUCGGUCGUUGCUCGGACGCGUACAACCGUCGCGAAGAUUGAAUGUACACCCGUCGCUACUGCCCGAAUAUCGCGGCCCGUCGCCACUGCAAUACACCCUCAUUGACCAAGUGAAAGAAACCGGAGUGUGUGUCAUUGAGAUGCUUGAGAAGAACAAGCGGAACGACAUCGACUCCGGUUCGAUUUUCGCUUCUGAGAAGAUGAGAGUACCAGAAGAUGCGAACUUUGCUUCCCUUCGAGACGCGUUGGCUCUGAGAGGAGGGAACCUUCUCGUGUCUGUUAUGCGAGCUAUGAUGGUCAACAAAGACAUUCGCCGGCCGCAGGCUGGUCACGCUCAGCGCCUCCAAGUUGACUUUAGGAAACAGACAGCAGCUGAGAUUGCGGCAUUGCAUCGUGGCAUUGCGCACCAAAUUCACGAAGUGACCGAAGUGCCCGCUCCUCUGGUUGGAGGACCAGAUGCCUCAUGCUGGAGUGGCGUUCUACACAAACCCAUGAAAACGUUCUUCGUUCGCUGCGCAGACGACAGCUUCAUCGCCGUACAGAAGGUGAAACAACAAGACAGGUCGUUAAUGUCUGCGAAAGACUGGUGGAGCGGGCUUCCCGCCCAGUUGAGGCCUCUCGAGUUCCUACCUUGGAAUGCUUCUGGAUAG